GAUAAGGAAAUAGGAAUUUCAAUGACCGGGUGUCGAGAAUUACUAAGUUGGGUUAUUUAAUAGUUUGUAUUUUGUUUGAAAACUUGAAAUAAACAUGAAUUUUACAAUUUCCAAGUGUUUUUGUAAUGCCGUACGUACCUUGUCUCGCUCCAAUUACACGAGCGCAAUAAGCUUGAAAAAUCUACACCCAAAGAGUUCGUUGAAAAUUACCACACCAUCACAUGAACAGUUAUCGGCUGACGAUAAAAUUUUUACGGGAUUUAUACCAAUAGAAGAACUGGAAAUCACAUAUAGCACUUCUAGUGGUCCAGGUGGUCAGAAUGUAAACAAGGUCAAUACCAAAGUUGAUUUGAGGUUUAAGGUGGAAUCCGCUAAAUGGCUUAAUGAAGAAGUCCGCCAAAAAUUAAUCAAUAUUCACCAAAAUAAACUGACUAAAGAGGGAUAUUUGGUAAUUCGGUCGGAGAAGACACGCUCACAACAACUGAAUCUUGCAGAUGCCAUGGAACGAUUGCGUUCUCUUGUAUGGAAAGCUGCUGAACCUGAGCCAAAGCAAUCUGAGGAAACCAUUGAGAAAAUAAGACGCAGGAUUGAGAAAGCAAAUCGCACAAGAUUGAUAGAAAAGAAAAUGAAAUCCUUGACCAAGAGCAAUCGUCAAGCACCUACAGUGUUCUAAAUAAAUUUAGUAUGAUACGUUGCAUAGUAUGUAUUUUACAUUGAUUUGACUGGGCAACAAGAUAAUUAUUCACAUUGUUUUCAAAUUUUUAUCUUAUAUUAAUAUUUAAUACAAAAUGUUAUUUGUACAUAAUA